UUUUUUUUUUGUAUUUUCGCGAGAUGUCGAAUAGAGAUAAAGUACAGCCCGGGAUAUCAGAGCCGGAAAAUAAAAAUGUGUUCCUCGACCUGUUAUCGCGUGUUACACAAAGGGUGCCCUACCGGUUCCCGGGCCAGUGGGGGUAUCAGAGUUACGAGCCCCGAAUCUACAGGACACUGGCUAAAAUCAUGAGACAGGCGACCGCGUUGGAGUUUAAGGCGUUGCUGACAGAUUACGUCGAUUUCGUCCGAACCGAGGACCUUCAGCUUGACGAACACUUCGCCCUGGAGUUCGCGGAAAUCUGCAUCAACACCAUUCUCUACUGGGUGUUUGCGCGGAGAGGAAACCCUGAUCUGGUGAAGACGCUACUGGAUAAGACGACAGGUUAUCCCGAUGAACAAACUGAUAACCUUGCACUCCUUUGGAGACCUUUCACCCCAGUUUACAGCCCCAGCCCCCUGAGUGGGGUCACACCCCUAAACUAUAUCGCCCAGACGAGGCAGCACCGCGUUCUGAAGGUCCUGAUGCAGUACGGGCUGCUGGAGAAGGAGAGAUGCCCCGCGUUUUUCGUGUUCACCAUCAUGUUCUACCCGCCCCGACUACAAGUUCUCGACGAGCUGGACCUCGCCAACAUCAUGGACGGCGCCCGCAGGUGCAUUGUUUUGUGCACCAGGGUGCUCACACACAUCUCCGUCUCGGCCAUUGAGGCCCAGGUCAGCUUGGGGCGCAUGCCUCUCGUUCCUGACUGGAGAGACUGUAUACCAGUGACCCGCUACAGAGACCCCUGCGAGCUCUCCCACCUGUGUCGGGUGACCCUUCGGGCAUGGCUGCUGAUGAUCGGCAGCAGGAACCUGCCUGCCUCCAUCAACGCCCUGCCUCUCCCUGCCGCCCUGCAGAACUUCCUGAACUUAGAAUCCUGAAGGCAGGGCCAGGGCAGCAAACACGCAGACAAUCUGGGCCCCCCUCCUGAGAACCCUACAGGACAACAAAAAGUAAAGCAACCCCUAUACUGUACUAAACUG